GUUUGUUUAUUUUCCUUUUAGUAAGCUGACUAGAAAACAUGGCUACCGCAAUUAGGGAUGUGGGCGUUUGGAGACAGACCAGAACACUUCUUCUGAAGAAUUACCUCGUCAAAUGCAGGACUAAAAAGAGUAGUGUUCAGGAAAUUCUUUUUCCUCUAUUUUUCUUAUUUUGGCUGAUAUUAAUUAGCAUGAUGCAUCCAAAUAAGAAAUAUGAAGAAGUAUCUGAUAUAGAACUCAACCCUAUGGACAAAUCCAUCCUUUCCAACCUUAUCCUCGGGUACACUCCAGUGACUAAUACUACAAGCAGCAUCAUGCAGAGAGUUUCUACCGAUCAUCUUCCCGAUGUUCUAGUUACUGAAGAAUACGCCAGUGAGAAGGAGCUGCUGGCGUCCAGUCUGUCUAAGCCCAGCAACUUCGUGGGUGUGGUUUUCAAAGACGUCAUGUCCUAUGAACUGCGGUUUUUUCCUGAUAUGGUUCCAGUGUCUUCUGUUUAUAUGGAUUCAAGAGCAGGCUGUUCAAAGUCAUGUGAUGCUGCUCAGUACUGGUCUUCAGGGUUUACAGCCUUACAGGCCUCAAUAGAUGCUGCCAUUAUACAGUUGAAGACCAACGUUUCUCUGUGGAGGGAGCUGGAGUCAACCAAAGCUGUCAUCAUGGGGGAAGCUGCGGUCGUGGAGAUCGACACCUUCCCACGAGGGGUCAUCCUCAUCUACCUCGUCAUAGCCUUCUCGCCCUUCGGGUACUUUCUGGCAAUUCACAUUGUAGCAGAAAAGGAAAAGAGGUUAAAGGAGUUUUUAAAGAUAAUGGGACUUCACGACACUGCUUUUUGGCUGUCCUGGGUUCUUCUGUACACGAGUUUGAUCUUCCUUAUGUCCCUUCUUAUGGCCGUCAUUGCAACAGCGUCCUCGUUAUUCCCGCAGAGUAGCAGCAUCGUGAUUUUUCUGCUCUUCUUCCUGUAUGGAUUGUCAUCCGUGUUUUUUGCUUUAAUGCUGACGCCUCUUUUUAAAAAAUCAAAGCACGUGGGAGUCGUUGAGUUUUUUGUCACCGUGGUGUUUGGCUUUGUCGGCCUGUUGAUAGUCCUCGUAGAAAGUUUCCCCAGGUCGCUAGUGUGGCUCUUCAGCCCUUUGUGUCAGUGCGCCUUUCUGAUUGGGAUUGCACAGGUCAUGCAUUUAGAAGAUUUCAAUGAAGGGGCCUUAUUUUCUAGUUUGACUGAAGGCCCCUACCCGCUAAUUAUCACCCUUAUCAUGCUCGCUCUGGACAGUGUGUUCUAUGCCCUGCUGGCUGUGUACCUCGAUCAGGUCAUCCCAGGGGAAUUUGGCUUGAGGAGGUCAUCUUUGUACUUCCUAAAGCCAUCGUAUUGGUCAAAAAACAAAAGGAACUAUAAGGAGCUAUCAGAGGGCAACAUCAAUGGGAAUAUUAGUCUCAAUGAAAUUGUUGAGCCCGUUUCUUCAGAAUUUAUAGGAAAAGAAGCUAUAAGAAUAAGUGGUAUUCAGAAAGCCUAUAGAAAGAAGAGUGAGACCGUGGAGGCUUUGAGAAAUUUGUCGUUUGACAUCUAUGAAGGCCAGAUUACUGCUCUGCUGGGCCACAGUGGAACAGGAAAAAGCACACUAAUGAAUAUUCUGUGUGGACUGUGCCCACCUUCUGAUGGGUUUGCUUCUAUAUAUGGACACAGAGUCUCUGAAAUAGAUGAAAUGUUUGAAGCGAGGAAAAUGAUUGGCAUAUGUCCACAGUCAGAUAUGAACUUUGAUGUUCUGACAGUAGAAGAAAAUUUAUCAAUUUUGGCUUCAGUCAAAGGAAUACCAGCCAACAACAUAAUUCAGGAAGUACAGAAAGUUUUACUGGAUUUGGACAUGCAAGCCAUCAAAGAUAAUCAAGCGAAAAAACUAAGUGGUGGCCAAAAAAGAAAGCUGUCUUUAGGAAUUGCAGUUCUUGGGAAUCCAAAGAUCCUCCUGCUAGAUGAGCCGACAGCAGGAAUGGACCCCUGCUCUCGCCACAUUGUUUGGAAUCUUCUCAAGUACAGGAAGGCUAACCGAGUGACAGUCUUCAGCACUCACUUCAUGGAUGAGGCAGACAUUCUUGCCGACAGGAAAGCUGUCAUAUCACAAGGAAUGCUGAAAUGUGUUGGUUCUUCAAUUUUCCUGAAAAGUAAAUGGGGAAUCGGCUACCGUCUGAGCAUGUAUAUAGACAAGUACUGUGCCACAGAGUCGCUCUCGUCGCUGGUUAGACAGCACAUCCCUGCGGCUGCUCUGCUGCAGCACAAUGACCAGCAGAUUGUCUAUAGCUUGCCCUUCAAAGACAUGGACAAAUUUUCAGGCUUGUUUUCUGCUCUAGACAUUCAUUCAAACCUGGGUGUAAUUUCUUACGGUGUUUCCAUGACAACAUUGGAAGAUGUGUUCUUAAAGCUAGAAGUUGAAGCAGAAAUUGACCAAGCAGAUUAUAGUGUAUUUACCCAGCAACCACGGGAGGAAGAGACCGAUUCAAGGUCUUUUGAUGAAAUGGAACAGAGUUUACUCAUUCUCUCUGAAACCAAAGCUUCUCUAGUGAGCACCAGGAGCCUCUGGAAGCAGCAAGUAUCUACAAUGGCAAAGUUUCAUUUCCUCUCACUGAAGCGAGAAAGCAAAUCAGUGCGCUCUGUGUUGCUUCUGCUUUUAAUUUUUUUUGCAGUUCAGAUUUUUAUGUUUUUGGUCCAUCAUUCUUUUAAAAAUGCUGUGGUUCCCAUCAAGCUCGUUCCAGACUUGUAUUUCCUAAAACCUGGAGAUAAACCUCAUAAAUACAAAACAAGCCUGCUGCUUCAAAAUUCUACUGACUCAGAUAUCAAUGAUCUUAUUGACUUUUUCACACAGCAGAACAUAAUUGUGGCCAUGUUUAAUGACAGUGACUAUGUGUCUGCUGCCCCUCAUAGUGCGGCUCUCAAUGUGGUGCAUUCAGAAAAGGACUAUGUUUUUACUGCUGUUUUCAACAGUACUAUGGUUUAUUCUUUGCCAGUAAUGAUGAACAUCAUUAGUAACUACUAUCUCUAUCAUUUAAAUGUGACUGACACUAUCCAGAUCUGGAGUACCCCGUUCAUUCAGGAAAUUACUGACAUUGUUUUUAAAGUUGAGCUAUAUUUUCAAGCAGCUUUGCUUGGAAUCAUUGUUACUGCAAUGCCACCUUACUUUGCCAUGGAAAAUGCAGAGAAUCAUAAGAUCAAAGCUUACACUCAGCUUAAACUUUCAGGUCUUUUGCCAUCCGCCUACUGGAUUGGACAGGCUGUGGUGGACAUUCCCCUGUUUUUUGUUGUUCUGACUUUGAUGCUGGGAAGUUUAUUUGCCUUUCAUCACGGACUGUAUUUUUAUCCUGUAAAAUUUCUUGCUGUGGUUUUUUGCCUCAUUGCUUAUGUGCCCUCGGUUAUUCUGUUCACUUAUAUAGCUUCGUUCACCUUUAAGAAAAUUCUAAAUACCAAGGAAUUUUGGUCAUUUAUCUAUUCUGUGACAGCAUUGGCUUGUGUCGCAGUCACGGAAAUAACUUUCUUUCUGGGGUAUGGAGUUACGGCUGUUUUUCAUUACACCUUCUGCGUAGCCAUCCCAAUCUACCCGCUCCUGGGUUGUCUGAUUUCUUUCAUAAAGGGUUCUUGGAAGAAUAUACCAAAAACUGAGAAUGCCUAUAAUCCCUGGGACAGACUUUUAGUUGCUGUAAUCAUGCCCUACCUGCAGUGUGUACUGUGGAUUUUCCUCUUACAACACUAUGAGAAAAAACAUGGAGGCAGAUCAAUAAGAAAGGAUCCGCUUUUCAGGGCCCUCUCACAAAAAGCCAAACAUAAGAAGUUUCCAGAACCACCCAUCAAUGAGGAUGAAGAUGAAGAUGUCAAAGCGGAAAGGUUGAAGGUUAAAGAGCUGAUGGGCUGCCAGUGUUGUGAGGAGAAACCAGCCAUUAUGGUAUGCAAUUUGCAUAAAGAAUAUGAUGACAAGAAAGAUUUUCUUCAUUCAAGGAAAACAACAAAAGUAGCAACAAAAUACGUCUCUUUCUGUGUGAAAAAAGGAGAGAUCUUGGGACUGUUGGGUCCAAAUGGUGCUGGCAAAAGCACGAUUAUUAAUAUUCUUGUUGGGGAUGUUGAACCAACUUCAGGCAAGAUAUUUCUAGGAGAUUAUAGUUCACAUUCAAAUGAAGAUGAUGAAUCCACCAAGUGUAUGGGUUACUGCCCCCAGACAAACCCACUCUGGCCAGAUAUUACUCUGCAAGAACAUUUUGAAAUUUAUGGAGCCGUGAAAGGGAUGAGUUCAGGUGACAUGAAGGAAGUAAUCAGUCGAAUAACAAAAGCCCUUGAUUUGAAAGAACAUCUUCAGAAAACUGUAAAGAAACUCCCUGCAGGGAUCAAGCGAAAGCUGUGUUUUGCUCUCAGUAUGCUGGGGAAUCCUCAGGUGACACUGCUGGAUGAGCCGUCUACAGGUAUGGACCCCAGAGCCAAACAGCACAUGUGGCGAGCCAUUCGAACUGCGUUUAAAAACAAGAAGCGGGCUGCCCUCCUCACUACGCAUUACAUGGAAGAGGCAGAGGCUGUCUGUGACAGGGUGGCCAUCAUGGUGUCCGGGCAGCUCAGAUGCAUUGGAACAGUACAACAUCUAAAGAGCAAGUUUGGCAAAGGCUACUUUUUAGAAAUUAAACUAAAGGACUGGAUAGAAAACCUGGAAAUAGAUCGCCUUCAAAGAGAAAUUCAAUAUAUUUUCCCAAAUGCAAGCCGCCAAGAGAGCUUCUCUUCUAUUCUGGCUUAUAAAAUUCCAAAAGAAGAUGUCCAGUCUCUCUCACAGUCCUUUGCUAAGUUGGAGGAAGCAAAACACACUUUUGCCAUUGAAGAAUACAGCUUUUCUCAAGCAACCCUGGAACAGGUUUUUGUAGAACUUACUAAGGAGCAGGAGGAGGAAGAUAAUAGCUGCGGGACUUUAAACAGCACGCUCUGGUGGGAAAGAAGGCAGGAAGACAGAGUCGUGUUCUGAAUGUUUGCGCUCACCCCGCCUGCUGACCCUGAACUUACUCUUUUUUAUUUUGUUUUUCCUUCUUUUAUCUUAACUUUGAUUUUAAAAGUUUAUUACUUGAAUAGUCACAAAACAUGAAAGCACUUGGAAAUUUCCUAAACUCCUUAAUUUAUGCACCAUGGUUAUUUAUGUGUUUGGGUUUUCUUUAAAUAAAUGUGUGUGUAGUUGUCCACCUGCAUGCUUGUACCUGAAGUAUGUUGAAGAUAGUCUACAUGCCAUUAUUCUCUCGUUUCACAAAAACAAUGUUUUUCAACUUAGCAUUUAAAGAAAUAAUACAAGAAUAAUUUUGAAUAAUAUUUAAAUUUUAUAUUGUUACAUAAUUAUGUAAUUUCCCAGUGCUAAUUAAAAAGAUCAAUACCUGACUGGUAACGUAGAAAAGAAACACACAAAGCAAUGCAGAAACUGGGUUUUCAUUUAAGAUUCCUGUAAAAGAAGCUCUUAGUGGAGGUUGGCCUGUGUAAGUGUGGAGCGAUUGAGAAGUGACGUCCAUUAGGUGGCAGUCAUUAGCCACAGUAAAUAGAGCGAAGGCACGGGCAGCCUACUGAUUGCAGACGUGGGUAAUUGGAUGUUUCAAGUUGCAUGUCUCUUGCCUACAUUUAACUUCAGAUGUGUUUGGUGAUCACAGUUCACAGAGAGACUGUGACUAGAGUCUUAGAAUGUAACAGUCUGAGUCUCUGAAGCUAUAGUGACGGAUGUUUGCCAUGGUAGGACACUUAAUCUCGACCUUUCCACACCCCCGAUGGUGAGCUGCAAAAGCUUUGCCGCCUUCCUCACAUAGGGCACACUUAGACAAGGAGGUUAAUGCAUAACCAUUUUUAUUACCAAAUUUUAUUACUUGAUUCUUUUGAGUUUUAAGUAAAUCAGCAUAUAUAUUUCUUUAAAAGGUCACCUCAGAACAUGGUAGAAUAUGGGAACUCUUUCAAGGGUUAAAUUAAGAAAUAAAAAUUAGAGUUUCACUCUUAUGACAGAGUUGGAAUGUGAUAAUUAAUCUUAGAAAUAUUUCAUUUUAUGAACUCAUAUACAAGUGUAUAUGAGUAUAUAAAGGUAUACAAAUGUAUGAUGUAGUUGAUACUGUAUUUCAGUCUGUUGUUAUAAGUGUUAGCUUUGCAAAAACAUAUAUAUUGUGCUAUGACUUUUGCAUUACAGAGACAUAAAGAACUAUAGCAAGAGCGAAAGGACUUGCUACCAACUUACUUUAAAUGAUCAAGCUUUCAGUGAAGUUACCAAUUCUUCAAUGUUGGGAAGACUUAACUUUUCGUCCUGUUGGGUUAGGAAAUGUAUGACUUUAGGUAUUCAUGGCAAACUCAGGUGUUUCUUUCUCAAUACAAGGUGGCCAAUUUUCCCCAUUGCUUUGACAAUUCUGUCCACCUUCCUAAAGAUAUUUGUUUAGUCUCAUAUCUCAGAGGUACUGUAAUACAGUCGAACCAUCCAACAAGUCUGCUUGGAUUUUAUGACACCUCUCUGCCCCAAGUUAUUCUUGUAGGAUUUCAUUGGCAGUAGCUUGCCUCCUGAUUUUGGAUCCUUAAGAAUCUUACAUUUAAUUAAUCAUUAAUUAAUUAAUGAUUACUGCAUGACAAAUAUAGUCAAGAUGUAUUUAAGAGGAAAUCUUUAUUUUUGCUGAUAAAUUAUAAAUGCACAUUGUAUUUUCUCAGCAAGUCAUUGCUGAAUGGUGCCGUAAACGUGAAGAGCUGUCUGUUAGUAUUUAAGCACCUUGGGCCUUUUUUGGGGGGUGUGAUUUUUGUAACACUAUAACCAGGACACACGCCCUUAAAACAAACAACAACAGACAGCUUUAUUUGUCGUUGUACUAGGACAGUUACUGAAGGGCAGGUUUGGUUUGUGGUUUUGGCCAUUCUAAGACAAAGCUGUCUCAGAGAUGGUGAACCCAGGCCAUGCCGCCUGCUUUUUCAUGGAGGUUUGGCCAUUGUCUCUUAGCACUGCUCAGUGUGUGCUCAGUGUAAAGUGUAAUUUCGUAGGGAAUGAAAGUCGAGAUUGUACUGCCUAAGCUUUUUUGUUGUGCGUCCGUUCUUAUUACAACGAAUAGUUUGUUUUUGCACGUGGAUUUAUUUCAAAAUAUCUUAAAUUAUUGCUUUCAGAACUUCGUUCCAUAUCAAUACAGGUAAAGAAUUGUGUAUUUGCUGGGCGGCACAUGGAAACAAACCUCAGUGUCACCUUCCUGCCUUCUGUUGCCCAUGGUGGCCAUGUAGAAGAGUAGUGAGCAAAGGCAGAGCCCUGCUGGGUGGAAGGCCGGUCUGUCUCCCACAGGGAGGGGCCAGUCACGGCUGGCAAUGAGAAAGAAGCAUUCUGAAUGGUUUGCCUUUGAUGCGAGCUUCCCUUCUUCAGUCUUAGGAAAAAGCAGUGGUUUGGUUUUUUUUUUUUCUAAAAUUAUUUUGGCAAAAAUUAUUUUAGUCAGUUUUAAUUUCACCAUUAGAACAUCUUUGGAUCCAGGGACGGUUUCCAGAAUGGCUUUCCGGAGGAGGAUGGACUGUUUGGCUCUGUAAGAUCUUACAUUUUAUGAAAAGAAAGAUAGAUACUUCAGUAACCAGUUAUGAUAUGAAAAUGCUUUGCUACUAGUAGUUAAAAUACCGAAUAGGAACGAACAGCACAACUGAUUUUAACUAGGGUAAGUGUUGCUUUCCCGAUCCUUUGUUGGUCACUCUGCCUCAUUCUGACUGUCUUCUCACAUUGUUGGAAUGCCACCUUACAUUUUCAUGUAGCAUUUAAAAAGGCAUGACUUUUCUUAAAUAGUAAAUGCUUUUUUUUAAUGUAUUUUUAAUACUGUUAACAUUGAGUUUUCAUCUUUCCCCUUGAAAUAGCAUAUUACAUAAAGUGAAAGAAUUUAUUCUCAGGUGAAUUAUUUUUGUAUCAGCUAUUCUUAUAAGGUAAAAAUUUACUUGUUUUUUAUUCAUAAUGUGUUGUAUGUACAAUUCUCAAUGCUGCCCUUUAAGAAAAAUGAAUGUGCUUAUAUUAUUAAUAAUAAACUUUAAGAGCUAAAAA